GCAUGGCGGACAUUUCUGGCCGGGGAUCCAGGGUCUGAGUUGAAUCCGCUGUAAUCCUUGCUCUGUAUGCCGAGCUCGGGCCUGCCGUGUGCCCGGCUUCGUGCUGGACUUUACCCGCUGUCGGAUUGUCUUGAUAUUGCGGAGUUAGUCCCGAGGGCUGGCGGUUUAUCCGAGUCUUGUGUUAGUGGGGCCCAGGCCGCCGCGGCCAUUGACUGCUCUGUGUCCCGCUAGACUGGCAGGUGGCUUGAAGCAGGGCUGCGGUAUCGGCAUUGAAAGCUAACUUCUCUCUGCACACAGGAGGGAGCUUGCUCUGACUGUAGAACGUUUUGUUUGUUUUAUUUAAUAAAUAUCGUCUAUUGACAGCGCCAUGUACACCUAAAGUCUGUGCUGCCAUUAAAGCGUGUGCAGCUCUCAGACUGACACUCAUGCAGCACAGGUGCUGUGUAACGGGAAGACUGUGGAAUCUAGUCACUGUCACUCUUAACUAUCAGUAAAGUUGCUGGUUUAUUUGAAACGUUUGAGUCUUUCUGUGAGGAAACCUAACUUUUAUCUGUGUAUUUAACCUGAUCUGUUUUUGUAGUUCACUUUCUGAGGAUGUGUGCCUGCUCUUGCACUUAAACUGUAAUGUUUCAAAAGUAUUAUGCAUUGUUUAGUGUUUUGACUUUAUUUUUAUUGUCCUGGGUAACUGUAGAUGGCAGGAGAGGAGGCUGUGAAGAAAGUCAACAGGCACCAUGCCAGCCGGAAUCCGGUGCUGGUACGCGGAAUUGGGAAGUAUUCCCGUUCUGUCAUGUAUGCCAGGAAAGCCCUCUACAAGCGCAAGUACAAGGCCCCAGAAACAAAGGUAACUUAUUUUUGUAUAGGCAAGUUCUUGUGUUAUAAUGUUGGUGAUUGCAUGUUUUGUUGGUUUUUUUUUUCCUGAUCUCUGUUUGCUUUACGCAGAUUGAAAAGAAGAAAAAGGAGAAGGCUCCAGCCACUGUAAAAAAGACAGUUGGCGGUGAUAAGAAUGGUGGCACACGUGUGACCAAGCUCCGCAAAAUGGUAAGCAAUGCACACCAAACCAAUUUUAUGGGUUUAUUGUAUAACAAAAAAUUGGCAUAAUUAUGGUCCUGAGAGUUUCUAUUUAAUCAUUAUGUAAGGUAACUUCAAAUGGGGUUUGAGCUUCAUUUUCCGUAGCCGUUGUUUUAAAUGACUGUUGUUGUGAUUUGGUAUACCUCUUAAGGUUACUCUGUUAAUGAGACGCAACGCAAAGAUUAUAUUGAAGAGCAUUUUUUUAUAGAAAGUUUCUUGACUGUAUGUGUUAAACUUCUUUUCGCAGCCCCGUUACUAUCCAACUGAAGAUGUUCCACGCAAACUUCUGAGCCACGGAAAGAAACCUUUCAGUAAACACAAGCGCAAUCUGCGCUCUUCAAUUACUCCUGGGACUGUGCUUAUCCUUCUAAACGGACGUCACAGAGGAAAGGUAUAGUGUGAUGGGGUUCACAAAGCCUAACGUGCAAUAAAAUGCAUCUUCUUUCUAGCAGUGUCACAUUUUAAUGUAAAUUCAUUUUCACAAGAAAUGCAGUGGUGCAUGCAUGAGAUACUGAUUUAAAAAUAAAAUAAAUUAUAAUUGCCAUACUGCAGGAGUUGAUGUGGCUUAUAGUUAGAAUUCUGCAAGACUUGAAUAAAGCUGGUUUGUAUGUUUGCGUUUUACGUCUCUUGUGGCAAAAUACUUGCCUAGACGGAGUGUAGAAAUCUGCAUACCAUCUGUCAUUAAAGGAUUUCUCUAAGAAUCAUGAAAGCUCCAGUGGUAUAAAGUGGUCAUGGUGCCUGGAGACUUUAUGUGCAGCGUUUCUAGUGGGAAUUCAGUGUAUUUCAAAUUUAAGGCCAGAGUAGAAUUGAAAGCAUGGCUAUUCUGACCAUAAAUCUAAUUUGACUGAGAAACUCUGGAGUUUAAUCUCUCUGCUGCCAGAUGUGUAACUCCAACUCCAGAAACGUAAUAAGGGUGUCACGAGGCAGCCUGGUUAAUGUCAAUAUUGUGCUAAUUCCAUUGCACACAAUGAGCCGCUGGCUUUAUCAAACGAUGAAUGUUGAACACCAUGGGGCAUUCCUGGCAUCAUAACCACUUCGGCAGGCUGUGGUGUUUGUGUAGUUUGGAGUAACCUUUUAAGUGGUUAAUACUUCCGGUGAUCCAGUAAAAAUUAUGUACCAAUGUCUUUUGUAUAGAGUUUGGUUUUCUUCUUUUCCAAUACAGAAGUUUAGGAAUGGUUAUUAAAGGAAAGUAGAUUUGUCCUUAAGUAAAUCUGUAAAGUAAUGUAUCUUAAAACUGUUUCUUAAUUUGCAGCGUGUGGUCUUCCUGAAACAGCUUCCAUCUGGCCUUUUGCUGGUAACAGGUAAGUUAUGAGAAUUUGAAAGGUUAAUGAAACUAUCAGUUUGUCUGACUAGUAAGUGCAGAGUUUGAAACUAAGCCAUGGAUUUUAAAGGAUUCAUAGCUACUGGAUUACUAUCUCUCCCAUCCAAUGGGCAUUCUAGGAAUUAAACAAUUCGACAUCACCUAAUAGUUGUGACACUUACAGUACCAUUUAUGGUAGUCUAUGAAGCCCUAACAAAUAAGGGAAAGUAACUUGUUAAUGUAUGGUUAGUGCAAUGUAUAGAUUACAUAUUAUGACUUGGAAACUGGCAUAUUUGUUAUGAAAGGUGAAUUUUGAUUUCAAAUAAAGUAUUUUCAGAUUUGCUUGAAUAAGGAGAGUACAAAAAUUAAUCCCAGUUAAUGUCUUGGUUUUGUGUGGUAUUUUUUAGUUGUGAUUCUAACACACAUUUGCAUUGCCAUAAUGAGAGUAACUGAUUUGUCAGCAUGUAAACCUUUGAUUUGCACUUUCUACCUCUAGAGAACAAAUUAAAGAGCUGUGGAUUUAAAGUUUGAAAUUUAGUAAGGCAAUACAUUCUAAUGUAAGCUUUCUUUUCACCAUUAACUUAGGACCACUGGCUGUCAACAGAGUGCCUCUGCGUAGGGCUCACCAAAAGUUUGUAAUUGCCACUUCCACCAAAGUUGAUAUCUCAACUGUUAAGAUUCCAAAGCAUCUGAAUGAUACAUACUUCAAGAAGAAGAGGCUGCGCAGACCCAAGCACCAGGAGGGAGAGAUUUUUGACACAGAGAAGGAAGUAAGUCAUUAUCACAAAUUUUAUUUGCCUGUUAUUCAAGCAAAGUCUGGGUUAAUUCACUUUAUUUUCUUAGUUUCUAUUUUCACAGUAUCCAAAUUUGACAUCAAACUAGCUUUAUUUGGAGGGAGUGGAUGACUCAGCUACACUUCAAAUUUUGUAUAUUUAGGUUAAUGUUUCAGAUUCACACUUUAGCGAAUUGCCAAGAAAAUAUUUUACAAAAAUUCACAAUGUCUGCUUUUGAGACUUGGUACUGUAUUUUUGCCUUUUGUAAAUGUAAUCACAAGUAUACAUUUUAAUUGUGUGCAUAUUCAGUUACUGUUCUAAAUUUUAGAAAUGAACACUUCCAUCUCACUAAAUUUUAUUGAAACAUUGCGUUGGAAACCUAGUACUUGGUUGCUUAUAUAGAAAAACUCUGAUCUUCUCAAAUCUUAUGUUCUCAUUUUUAAACAAAUCUAGAUAGUGGCUUGGGUCCAUGGCACCCCUAAUUGUAGGCUAGUCUUUGAGCACCUUGUUAGCCAGAAAUCUCAUUGAACCAUUUUAAAGAAAGAUUUGAUAGUGCCUCAUCAAUUCAAACCACUUUUUAGUUUUCUCAUAAUGGAUAAUUUGGGGCAAAAUGGCUACUUUAGGGUGCAUUGGGCUGCCAUACCUUUGCAUUUACAGUCAGACUUCUAUUGAAAGGGUUUUAUUUGUGUUUUUUUUCAGUUGCCCCAAAUAAUUGAGACGCAUGCCCUUCCUUAUCAACUUUCUGUAAGCCAUCAGUAUGCAUGGGAUUGUAUUGAACAGGCAUAUUAAAGCAAAUCUGUGAACUAGUAUAGUUGGAAACUUUACAAUUUUUUGCCCAAACAUUCAUUAUUUUUCGAUCCUUAAAGGACAACUAUAGUGCCAGGAAAACAAACUUGUGGCGAGGAAGGGGUUAAUCCCUUACCACCCUCGGCACUGGGGGACUCUCCUCUCUCUUCUGAUGUCAUCAGCUGAAUGCACAUGCGCGGCAAGAGCCACACGCACAUUCAGCCAGUCUCAUGGAAAGCAUUCUCAAUGCUCUCCUAUGGACGCUGGCGUCUUCUCACUGUGAAAAUCACAGUGGGAAGCACCUCUAGUGGCUGUCAAUGAGACAGUCACUAGAGGCUGGAUUAACCCAUUUAUAAACAUAGCAGUUUCUUUGAAACUGCUAUGUUUACAGCAGAAAAGGUUAAUCCUAGAGGGACCUGGCACCCAAACCACUUCAUUGAGCUGAAGUGGUCUGGGUGCCUAUAGUGGUCCUUUAAGUGUUUAGUGAAUAAACACUAAACGAUAGUCACGAACAGAUUCCAAGUGAGCUAAAAUGCACUCCUCUCAUUGGGAAUAAACUUUGCUCUUGAAAGUACUGUUGGUUACUAUAAUAAAGUAAUUGUGGCAGACAACUUGUGUUCUAAUGUGCAACUUUUUCUUUUUUUUUCUUUUUUUCUAGAAAUAUGCAGUCACACAACAGCGCAAAGCAGAUCAGAAAUUUGUGGACUCUCAGCUCCUGCCAUUGGUCAAGAAAGAGCCCCAGCUGCGUGGAUACCUGCAUUCAGUAUUUUUCUUGUCAAAUGGAAUGUACCCUCACAAACUGGUCUUCUAAUAAGAUUCACAAAGACCUAUUAAAAUAUUGUAAAACUGUAGUUGUAUGGUGUUGUCGUUUACUUUAAUAGAGAAGACCUAAUAGAGAAGACCUUAUUUUCAAGGGCAAUCUACUUAUGAUUGUGUAUAAUACAUAUUAAUAGAAAGCUCGCAUCCAACUUGUAUAUUUGGAAUGUGUAAUACGUGGACUUUUCCUCAAUUGUAUUAACAUUUGUUCAAACGUGCUAACUCAAUGUACAGUAUCCUAUUGAUGGGAUAAAAAGCUGAUUUUGCAUGUACUCUGUAUGGGUGAAAGGGUUGAUGUUCUAGAACAUGUGGGGACCUAACAAAGCAUGUACUUUCAACAAAUGAAAGUUAAGUAGACAAUGAAAAUGGAGUGCAGAGUAAAAUUUGUAACCAUACACUUUAUAGAUUUUUGAGCUCCUAGAGAUGGAUCUAGAUAUACAUCUAUUUUUUGGGGAGGAGACAUUGCUUGUUAACCACUAUCACAACCCUGUUUUGAUUGAAAGACUGCCCUGCAGCCGAUGUGACAGUAAAAUCUUGCAAAUGGCUAGUAAUGAGACUGAAUGGGGCACUACAUGUACUAAACGUUUUGUUUGGGUGGAGAAAGCACGCUGAACAAUGAUUUUAAUAUUUUUAAACCGCACAUCAUGAUAUUGUCAAUAUUAAAAUUUGAAUCAAUGCAUCUGAGGAACUUUCCGUCUGUAUGCCGAGCAUUGUGCAGCACUGACCCAAGAAGCACAUUUAGUGGCUGUCAAGGCCACUAGUCCUAGGCAGCAAUCUAAACGCUGCCUUUUCUCAAAAAAG